GAAGAGGGGAAAGAUGGCGUCCUCUAACAAUCCUCGCAAAUUUAGCGAAAAAAUCGCUUUACAUAAUCAGAAACAGGCGGAGGAAACUGCUGCGUUUGAAGAAGUGAUGAAAGAGCUGAACAUCACCAGAGCUGCUCGGUUGCAGUUACAGAAGACCCAGUAUUUGCAACUAGGGCAGAAUCGUGGACAGUACUAUGGAGGCUCACUGCCCAAUGUCAAUCAGAUUGGAAAUGGCAACAUUGACCUGCCUUUUCAGAACUCUGUGCUGGACACCAGUCGGACUACUAGACACCACGGGCUGGUGGAGCGCGUUUACCGUGACCGCAACCGCAUCACGUCUCCUCACCGCCGGCCGCUGUCAGUCGACAAACAUGGACGCCAAAUCGACAGCUGUCCUUACAGCUCAGUUUACCUCUCCCCACCGCCAGACACUAGCUGGAGAAGGACAAAUUCAGACUCAGCCUUACACCAGAGCGCCAUGAAUCCCAAACCCCAGGAGGUGUUUGCCGGGGGAUCACAGGAGCUGCAGCCUAAACGAGUACUGCUGCUAACAGUGCCUGGGACCGAGAACUCUGAGUCAAACGAGGAUGCGCAGCAACAGUUGUGGGAUGACAAGAAGGAUGAUUCAUCAAACACAUGUGAUGUCCCAGGAAUCAAUAUAUUCCCAUCACCCGACCAGGAGUUGAACCUGUCCUUGCUCCCUGCUGCACACAACACCGGGGGCUCGCUGCCUGACCUGACCAACAUCCAGUUCCCCCCCCCACUGUCCACCCCGCUGGACCCAGAGGACACCGUGGCCUUCCCCUCCCUCAGCGCCUCCACCAGCACGGGCAGCCUGACCACCAACCUCACCCACCUGGGCAUCAGCGCCGCCAGCCAUGGCAUUCCCAGCUCCCCUCAGCCCACCAUGACUGUAACGUCUCAGCGCCGGCAGCCCCCCGUGGUGCCGCUCACCCUCACCUCUGAACUCCAUCUCCAGCAGUCCCCCCAGCAGCUCUCCCCCACCCUCUCCUCACCCGUCAACAUCACACAGAACAUGUCCACAGAGUCGCUGACCCUGGAGCAGCAGCUCUCCCAGCUCCCUCUGUUCAACCAGCUGACGGCGCAGGCCCAGGCUCAGCUGCUGAACGACCUCCUGAAGCAGCAGCAGGCGCUGUCGCAGGGCAUCCAGCUCAUCACCCUGCCCCCCCUGGCCUCCCCCGGGACCACCUCCAGCAGCCCCUCCCCAGACAGCCAGAGUCAGACCACCGCCAGCAUCGGCUCGUACCGCAAUCAGACUGGCUCACCAGCCACUCAGUCUCCAACCUCCCCCGUCUCCAAUCAAGGCUUCUCCCCCGGCGGCUCGCCUCAACACAUUCCCAUGGUGGGCAGUAUAUUUGGCGACUCCUUCUACGAUCAGCAGUUGACAUUAAGGCAGACCAAUGCCCUCUCUCACCAGCUGGAGCAGUUCAACAUGAUCGAGAACCCCAUCAACUCCAACAGCCUUUACAACCAGUGCUCCACCCUCAACUACACACAGGCGGCCAUGAUGGGCCUCACCGGGAGCAGCUUACAGGACUCGCAGCAGCUCGGCUACAGUAACCACGGCAACAUCCCCAACAUCAUCCUCACAGUCACAGGCGAGUCUCCGCCCAGCCUCUCCAAAGAGCUGACCAACUCUCUGGCGGGCGUCGGGGACGUCAGCUUCGACGCAGACUCUCAGUUUCCAUUGGACGAGCUGAAGAUCGACCCGCUCACCCUGGACGGACUGCACAUGCUCAACGACCCCGACAUGGUGCUCACCGACCCCGCCACCGAGGACACGUUCAGGAUGGACAGGCUGUAACGUGAGAAGCUGGUCGAGAACAAGGAGAAGAAAAAAAACACACUAACUUGUGAAUGAGAGAACCAAAGGGCCGGAUGAACCCUCUCCCUCGUUGCAUGGCCGUCCAGCUGUCCGACCUCGCCCUCGACUCCCUUUGAAACGAUGCGCCACCAAAAGACAACAGGGAAAAAGACAUCCAGUGGCUUACCGGGGAAUGGCCUCGCUGUCGUUUUGAAUGAGAUUCGUUGCUCAGCGCUUUCGCUAGCCUGCUGUGUUUACAGUGUUCCAUUACAUGCCACAUAUAUUCCAAAAAUAGCACAUAUGACUUUUUUUCUUUUCAUAUCCACUUUUGUUUUGUGAUAUUUGCUCGUAGCAGGAAGCUGCUCGGACGUUGGGUUCAACCCUACCUGUUGUAGCGGCUGUAUUAAAAAACAAAAGAAGAAGAAAAACAAACCACAGCCGGUUCGCUUGUCCCAUCGUGCCGCGACGGCUUUCUAUUUCACACUCAAAGCUUUAUUUUUGACAACCAAAUGUUUUUUUCAUCAUGUACUGUAUGUUUUGAUGCUUUAUGUAGUUUCAUGUUAUUUAUUUAUUUAGUUAAAGAUUUUAUAUUCCGUUUCAUAUUUAAAUUUGAUGCCAAAAUGCUCUCUGUACGCAUAGUGUAAAAUUGCACUGAUGUACUUUGUGUCUAUUUAUUAAUUACUAACAUAUUUGUAUAUGUGUUUGUUAAGCUACUUGGUUAAUGAAGGAGUGCAAAACCUCCCCAUAGUUGCUCUUUGGUGUUCGAUGUGCCAUUCUCUGAUGUAGGACUUGUAGACGUUGCCAUGCUGCAGCCCAACGGUCCAAUCUGAAUAUCAUAGUUUUAGCACAGCUCCACAAAAUGCUGCGUGCUCCAGAAAAGGGUUGGUUUAACGCCACUUGAAUUAACUUUUUCUGAGAAAAUCAUCAGGUAUUUCUAUUUAACUAGAAAGCAAGAAAACACAUCCAAAUUAAUUUUCUGCCAGUGAAAAGCCAAUAUAUAUAUAUCCAGACUGAGCGUCUUCUCAGUGAAGAAAGCCGUCUGUUUUUAAACAGUAAAAUCUUAAAUCUUUUUAAGUCGUCACUGUGAAAUCACCUGAUUUUGCCUUACAUGAGUAUUCUACUGUUCUACUUAAGUGUCUGAUGUGACAACGUAUUUUCGUAACUUAUUGUAACAUUUUCUUGUAUUUGAGAGGAACUCAACUUUUGGUCAGUGAUAUUUGUGAUUAUGUUGUGUAAGGUUUGACAAAUCAAUGUACUGUAUUUUGUAUCGGUACAGUUUAUAGCCAAAUUGUUGAUGUUUUUUAAAGUGGGGCGAAAACACUAAAGUAAUCAAAGGAUGGGUUUAAAGUGUUUGAGAAGGAGCGCAAUUAUGGGGAGGCUUUUUGCUCCUUGACAGGGAAGCUCUAACAAAAACGCUAACGACCUUUGCCAUAGAGGUCGUCAAUAACAACAGUACCAUGCCGAGUUUAGGAUUUAUUUGUCCAUCGUUGGAUAUUUAACAGUAUCAACUGCUCUAAAUCAGGGGUGUCAAACUCAAGGCCCACGGGACAAAUCCGGCCUGCGUCUUAAUUUGCAAAGAAUAUAAUACGUUUAUUAUACGGUUACAUGCCGCUUUACAGAAGCAGGUUGUCCAUAAACUACAUGUCCCACAAUGCAUCUCAAUUUGGGACAUGCACACUGAAGAGACUUUCAAUGAUUUGCCCUUGACUUCUGCUUUCAGACGUAGUUAAUUAUGAAGUUAUUAUUAUUAUGUGAUAAUAAUCCAAUGUAGGGGCAAUCAUGUAAUAUAAUACAUUACAUAUAUAAUAUAUAUUACAUUUAUAUAUAGUCUUAAAGUUACAACCGGCCCUCUGAGUGCAACCAUAAUGCUAAUGUUGCCCGCGAUGAAAUGAGUUUGACACCCCUUUCUGACUGGUUGUUUUCGUAUGAUGCAAAUUUUAAUUUAUAAAUAUGAGGAUAUUUUCAUUGUAGAGCGUCUGUGAUUACUCCCAUGUUGUAAACUGGAUGAAGUACAUACCGGGCCUGUUUAAGAAAGAAUAUGAGUGUAUUUAUAUAUUCAGUAUUGUAUGCAACAUUUCAGAAAGCACCGACAUCGGCCCAGCUCCAUUCAGUAUUAGAAACGGCAAAAACAACCAGGGAUGUAGUCGAGUCUAAAACUGUUUACCGGAAAAAUGUUUACACAUUUCAUGUCAAGUGUCAUCUGAACAUGUACAUAUUGAUAUCAUCUCUGACUACAUCCAUGACUUUGCCAAAAUGUGUCAAAUUCUAAUCUGCCUUGGCCUUUUGUCAGAGUUUCCCUGGGAGGUGUGUGUAAGUGUGUGGGAUCAUGUUUGGUAUAUUGUAAUGUUCAUGUACAGACGUGCUUAUCAUUGACUCGCCUAAAGCGCUGUGGGAAGGUUUUCCAACCCCCUCCCCAAAAGGAAUCACGUUUGGUUUACUGCACAACUCUAUCUACUGAUGUUCAAUUGAUUCAGUCAAAGUGUUAAUCGUCUGCUGUUUCCCUGCAUCCAAUGUUUUGUUUGCCUUCUUCAGAUUUGUGAUUCCUAUGCAAAUGAGACAACAACAAAAAAGACCUUUAAAGGAAAAAUCCAUCUUUAAUGUUUUAUUGUUUAUUUCUGGACUUGAGCUGGAUUUAUUCUUCUGAAAUGGUGUGGGAAAGCAGGCAAAAAAAGGAAAAUUACACCGCAAAUAUAUAGAGAUAAAGAAAGAUCUGUUGUGUUCGUAUCCGGCUGUUUUCUCCUAAAUGUGACUGAUGUUGGUAGAGAUAGUAGAUUGGAGGACAGCUUUGAGCGAUUUGAAGAAAAGGCUUAAUAUUCUCCUUUUCAAUAAUACUGGACACAUUUAUUUUGUUUUCUAGCAAGGCCCUUUACAGUUCAUCCACUGUCCACUUAGCCAUUCUUUCUCUAUGUUCUCUAUGUCCCUACAGUAUGUACAAUUUGUAUUUAUUGUAUUGAAUUGAAUAUGAAUGCAAAACAACAAAUGGCCAUUCUAGUCGUCUUCUUUUCAGUCAGUGAACACAUUUGUAACUGAAGGUUUAGCUCAACAUCGGGGCUUUGUGUUAAGAAAAUGAGUGUUGCAGUAGUGCUAUGACAAUCAACGAGUGAAAUCGUACACUGAACUACAAAUAUAUUCCUACACCAGAGUAACAAGAAACCUAAAUCCAGCUUUACUUUAAACGUUUUUUUUCAAACCUAUCUUCCUCCAUAUGUAUCCCUCCACCUGCAUCUCUUCCUGUGUGACUGUUAAACAUCAGUGCAAAGUUGCUGCAGAAGAAAGAAACCCUUUCUCUUUAAUCCUACACUGAACUGAUGCUGGACCUUACUUUCAAUGUUUAAAAUUAAUCAAACAUUUCACUUUAUUUCCUGAAAAUAUCCGGACAUUUGUUACCAGGCCUGUCACAUCAGAGGAAGAAAAAGGCCCAGAAAUGCACAACACUUUCCCAUAAUCUGUUGGAUAUUUCCUUUAAGCCACUAAAACAAAUGUAUACAACUCAUUCUCUACAUAUUACAUGUUUCCAAAUGUGUUAUCCCUAAAACAACAUAUGUGUUCGAGCCCAAACUCCAGUGUUGCAUUGCUAUUAAUGCAGCAAUUAAUCAGUAAUACAACAGUGAUUUGAGCCCCCCGUCACUUCCUUCCUGUCAUCCUGCUGAAUACUAGUCAUCCACACUGAUCUUGUACAUAUGCUAUAGCUGAAACAAAAUGCAUGUCUAAACUGACAGUCAAAACCUCUUAACGAAGGCCUUCUAUAGCUCUGCAGGUUUGAUUUGUGUAACAUAACGCUAUCACAAAGUCUAAAGCAAUGCAUGUAUGGGUUUCUCCUGUGGCUCUGUUACCUCCAUCUCUGUAUAAUGCUACUUCAAGAAUGAUAAGAAUGUAUUACCUGUGGCAGCGUCCUAGUUUUAGCCUGUUUGCCAAAUUCUGCUUGGAGUUUUGUUUUUUUUCUCUGCUCUUCAGUCGCCACCUUCUCUUCUUUUCUGAGGAAUCACUCUCUUCUCACUGUAGCAUCUCACGUACGAGUGUAAACAAAAACGCAGGCCCUCUCCUCUUCUUCAGCACAACCCUUUGGCUUUCUUAAAACAAUGGAAUCAGGUUGUGUUUUGCAGAUUGGCACGUGCACUGAUUGUUUGCAUACGUGGACUUGAAUCUUCUGAAGCUUGUGCGUUACGCAGUCGACUGACAUGAUAGACACGUGGAGCUGAUUCUUCUCCCAAGUUAUGUACAGGAGUUACAUCUGGCUAUGCUGAGUUAUUGUUGUUGCCUAUCAUGUCAGCUGUGGGACUGUGUGAAGUGUUUUUGUUUGUUUUUGUGCAAUGUUUGGUCAACUAGUUGCUUCGCACUUUAUUUGUAACUUCCUGGCUCUUGAGCAGGGACUGUUCUGCCCGAUGUGAAUGCUGACUGUUUCACUCCGGAUUUAAACUCCAGAGGUAUUUUCAUGUCAAAGAAAAAGACGAAUACUCUAUUUUUCUUUGUAAAAUAUGUUUUGUCUUGUUUUUUUUUAUCUGUGAAGAUUUUAGGGGAUGGAAAACUAGAAAGGGCUUACUCCAGUGCAGCUUGCGCUCUCGUGUUGGAACAGAACGGCACUCCGAAUGUAUUUCUUUGUUGGUCAUUCCCCCCCACCCCCACAUUGAGCGAGUCAUGGAUCUUACAGAGAAAUAGAUGAUAGUGGCAACCUGAAAUAUACUCAUGUGAAGCAGUCUCUGCAUCUUGACUACACAACACUAGAGCACACUGUAACUCUAGGGUUCAGGUCACAUGAGAACAAUGAGAUAUAAUCAAAAGGAAAAUGUUUCAAACAACUCUGCUCCAGUACACCAUCCUUCAUUUAAUGUAAAAUGCUGCAGAAAAACAUCUACCUGCAAAAUAUUUGGAGGUAGAAAAUGUUGUACCACUGAAAAGUUGAUGGACUCCAACUGGUCUGCACUUCUGUUGUAGCUCAUCAGAGAUAGAAAAUAACAUAUAGUGUAAACAAUAAUUAGAUUCCUUUUUUAAUUGUCUUUGGUUUGUUGUCUAUAGAGUCAGCUAAGAGCCACAACAUUUUACACAAAUAAUUUAACUCAAGCUAGGCAGCUAAUUCAAUUCAAUUCAAGAAAUAAAAAAGACAGUAAACUUUGUUCGGCAGACUUGGAUAUCUUUGCGUGAUCCUUUCUUGGUGGUGAAACAUUCUCACGUGUAGAGCAUGAAUUAGCAUUUUGAGACAUUGAGGUAAUUUCACAAAAAAGGCAUCUGAAGCUAAACACUGAAACACUUUUAUGGCUACUGAACGAAAUUUCGUUUCCGUCUCGAGAUGAACAAAUCACCUCAAAAUGAAUUUAUAUUUUCCAAGUUAUGCAGUGUUUACUCAUCUGGUUGUUAUGGUCUGAGCCUCCACUGACUUCUUGAGUUACUUGUUAGCGCAGCGUAUGUUGUGUUGAAAAGCAGUGAAGCUGAUAUCUUGUCCCAAACUGAAGAAGCAGAGCAGUCUUAAACAGGAGUCCUGUGUUAAAAGGCGUAUCAUUGAUCCCACGUGAAAAAUAAAGAGUUGGUGCUCCAUCUUUACUGCUUGUUCCCAGGGUGUUUUAGGUCUGAAUAAAAUGUCCCCUUAAUAACACAGGGUUUUCUAAAUGACUCUACAACUGUCUUUGGAAAAACAUAGUUUAAAUUCCACUUAAAGCUUCUAGUGAUAAUAGCAUAAACCACUGUUGUCCUGUGAGUCGUAGUAAAAGAUCUGUAGUAAUUUCUUCGUUGCCAUGUGAUUCUCCUUAUGUGACCAUUUGUUUAUAAGAUGAAAGAAAAUGUCAAUUAAAUUGAAUGUGGAAGACAGAUGUUUCUCUGCAAAUAGUCUUGAUUUUCAGAAAAUGCUGAUUUAAAAAAGCGGCCCGAUGUCAUUUUACAACGUCACAGCGUGUUUGCUGUGGACAUGCAUGGUGUUCGAUCCUGUUGUAUAUUGUCUUUGCUAUUGUUUCUAUUUUGUAAUCUGUAUUUCCAAAUGCAAAAUUUAAAAGAUUAUUUUGGAUAUGUGCAUGCUUGUGAAAUGUUCAGAAUGUUGAUUUCCACUAAAAGCUGUUGAGUUUGAAAAAA